AUUUUUCAUUAUUUAUAGCACCUGUGUAGUUUGAAGUUAUUCUUCAACGGUGUGGAAUUGGGAAUAUCCCAAAAGGAGACUUCAGAUAUUUUGUUGAUGCGAGCAUUCGAGCGAAACGGUACUUACUCUCUUUUUUUUGCUGAUUGCGCUGGAGGCGUUUAUAGUUGCUCUUGCAGUUGAGUUAGUAGUGCAGCUGCUUCGCUAAUGAAACUAAAAAAAAGUGACCUGCAAUUAAAUAAGCUCAAAGAAUGAAAGUUGCUUUGUGUCUCAAGCAUUGCUGGAUUAAUAACCCACAAUGUGCUCGACAAUUUGUGAUUGAGCAUUGCGGAAUUUCCCUAACUGCUUUGCAUAACCUUUCCAGUUUUCGAACUUUUGCUCGUCUUUCCGCGUGCAUCAGUGAGUCAAGAUCGUUCAAACUAAAAGGAGUGUCACAGGGAACUUUUCGUACAAUGGCAACUGCAGCAGCAUCAUCAAAUCGACGAAGUACUCACUUUGUUGAUGACAACAACCAGAAUGAAGUUUCGUCACCUAGCAACAGUGAUAAACCUGUAUUGAAGUUAAACAAAGUUGCAGUUGUUGGCAAAAUGACUAGGUACGAGUUUGAAAAGCAACGUUACAGCGGCUUUUCUGAAGAGGAAUUUAAAACCAUGCUCAGUAAUCGUGGUUCUAACUAUGAAAAUCUGCUUGCUCAACACAAUAAACACAUGCAAACAAUGAACAACUUGUUGGAUGUUUUAAAGCGAAGAGGAAUAGAAUACAGGAUGUGCACACGUGGUCAUACAGAAUAUUCUAAGGAUGCAGUGGAUUGGGCAGACGCCAUUAUAACUGCUGGUGGAGAUGGAACUUUUCUAUCAGCUGCCAGCAAAAUAUUAAAUCGAAAUAAACCUCUCAUUGGCAUCAACACUGAUGCAGAACGUUCGGAAGGACAUUUAUGUCUGCCAGCCAAAUACAGCUACAGUCUUGACGAAGCUUUGGAUAAGAUUUCAGAAAGUCGUUUCAGGUGGUUGUACAGACAGCGGUUAAGGGUCACAAUGACCGGCACAGAAACAAAUUUUGAAGCUCUUGAAAAUGGACAAAUCCUUCAACACAGAAUGCGUGAAAGAUUACAACGAACCGCUGCAACUUAUUUUAGUGUUGAUGAUUCUGAUGAUGACUCGUUUUUAAUCGAUCGUGAAAAACAGCGUCUUGUCCAAGGUUCACCAUCCGUACAGCAGAAAGUUUACAGUAAAAAGUUACCAGUCCUUGCUUUGAAUGAAAUAUUUAUUGGGGAAUCACUUGCCUCAGUCCCCUCUUACUAUGAGUUCCAAGUAGAUGACGGACCACCUGAGAAACAGAAGAGCUCGGGUAUAUGUGUUUCCACAGGCACAGGUUCAACUGCAUGGUCGUAUAACAUAUGUAGAUUGCAUAAAGAGUCUGUCAGGUCAGUUUUGGAAGCAGCAAGUGAUAUAGCAAGCAACAACAACAAAACUGUCCCGGUUGACCCAGAUUUAGUAAAUGAUGUGACCGAAAAAUUUGCCCGUUCGUUUAUAUUUGAGGCCAGUAUACCUAAGAUGUUGUACGCUGUUCGAGACCCAAUGCAAAACAAGGUAUAUUCAUGCAACAAACCAUAUGGAACCGGCAACAAGAUACAUGUUCG